UAUUACAUUGAAUUGUGCUUAGUACCACUACCGACAAGGAAAAAGUUAGUUACGAAAUAUUAUAAAGUAUUAAAAAGUGUGUAGGAUGUAAAUUUUUGCUAUAUAAUGAAUUGUAUAUUAAUAUGUUAAACGAUUAUUUUUGGAUACAUACUCUAUAUAUAAUCACGUAAAAGCUUAUAAAGCAAGAAAUUUUUUAUGUGAAAAAUGAGUUCUGGGUUCAUAUCAGAAGCUGAAAUAGCAGAGCAAAGGAGAAUAAGGCAAGAAGAAUGGGACCGUGUACGAACAGCUGACCAACCUUUAGAACCUCCUGAAGAAUCAUAUGAUCCUAGGUCUUUGUACGAAAGGUUGCAAGAACAAAAAAACAAAAGAGAUGCAGAAUAUGAAGAAGCGCAUAAACUUAAAAAUAUGAUAAAAGGAUUGGAUGAUGAUGAAGUGGAAUUUUUAGAUUUGGUUGAUAGAACUAAAUUAGAGGAAGAACGUAAAAAAAAUCUUGAAGAAGAAAAAGAAAUGCGUGACUUCAAAGCUGCUGUUGCUUCAUUACAAGAAAAGUCAUUAGAUGAAAGAUUAAAACAAGAAUUAAAAAAACCCCAGAUUAUCAACAAGAAUAUUUGUAGUAGCAGUGGUCGUAAUUCACAAUUAAAACUAUUGGCAGGUGUAGUUGUGAAAAAAUCAGAAAAACCAAAGUUAAGUGAAAACAAGGGUGUCAAAAGAAAAUUGUCUUCACCAGAACCAGAUAAAUCUUUAACAAAGGAAGAUGAUUCUCAUUUACAAUAUCCACAGAUACUAAAUGCAGAAUCAAAAUAUGUGUUUGUGGAAAACAAAAAUUCAUAUUUAUCUAACACAAUGAUAAAUCAUACAGGAGGAAUGAAAUGUAUUGGUAUUUUACCAGGACUUGGUUCUUAUGAUGAUUCGAGCGAUAGUGACUGUAGUUCGGAUACUGAUCAAGAUCCAGAGUUAAAUCAAUCUAAAUAUGAUCUUUUAGGACGUAAAAUAGAAGCUGCGAAAGAUAAGGAGAAAAGCUGAAUGGAAAAUGUUUUUUUUUUUUUUUUUUUUUUUCCUCAAAUAAUAAAAUGAGUGGCAUUUUAUUGUAACUAGUUGUGAAAUCAGAAAAUAUAAUCAUAACUUAAAUUUUUAAUUUUAAAAAUAUUAAAGUUCCAAUAUAUGAUGCGUGGAUAUAUAAAAAUUGAAUUAUUCUCAUAAAAAGAUCGUGUGAUUUUUAUUUUUAUUUUAGCUAUAUAUUAUAUGUUAAUACAAUAAGAUUAAUUAAAGAAUGAACAAUGUAAUUAUAUAGGGGUAUAAAUGUAUGAAGCAAAGACGACCAAAAAAUUUA